AUGGGAGAUAACGUGUCCAAACGACUGAAGCUGAUCUCGGCCACAGAGGCAGAGAUGGAGGAGCGCUCAUUCCCAAACCCGUACCCGGACUGGGACCAUGGAGCCCUCACCUCCGGCUCCGGCUCCGGGUCAGAAGAAGAUUACAAUGAGCCGUUUGACGCAGAAGGAAAGGUGAGCGCAUCAUUCCAGAAGAAGGUCCAGAAUAAGAUCAAAGAUCUCCUCCAGCAGAUGGAGGAGGGCCUGAAGACCGCAGACCCCCAUGACUUCUCCACCUACACUGGCUGGACAGGCAUCGCAUUGCUGUACCUCCAGCUGCACCGGGUGUCCCAAGAGGCCACCGACCUGCAGAGGGCACUUGACUACGUGAAGAGGACCAUGAGGAUCCUGAACGGCCGUAAAGUGACGUUCCUGUGUGGCGACGCUGGGCCCCUGGCGGUGGGCGCCGUGGUUCACCACAAACUGAACAACACGGCAGACAGCCAAGACUGCCUGUCCAGGCUCCUCCAGCUGCAGCGCUCCGUGCUGAGUCCGGACGCUGAGAUGCCUGAUGAGCUGCUGUACGGCCGCGCCGGCUACCUUUACGCUCUGCUCUACGUCAACAAAGAGAUGGGACCUGACACGGUGGAUGAGAGUACCAUUUCCAAGGUGGUGAUGGCCAUCGUGGAAUCGGGAAAGAACAUGUCGGCAGAGCAGAAGAAGACGGACCGCUGCCCCCUGCUCUAUGAAUGGCACAAGAAGCAGUACAUCGGCGCCGCCCACGGCCUGGCCGGCAUCUUCUGCAUGCUCAUGCAGCCAGGAGCAAAGGUCCACCCGGACGUUCUGUCGGAGCUGAUUCGUCCCAGCAUCGACUACGUCCGCCACAAGAAGUUCCGCUCAGGGAACUUCCCGUCGUCGCUGAGCAACGAGAGCGACCGGCUGGUUCACUGGUGUCACGGAGCCCCCGGUGUGGUCCACAUGCUCAUUAUGGCUCAUAAGGUGUUCAAAGAGGAGAAGUACCUCAAGGAGGCUGCAGAUUGCGCUGAGGUGAUCUGGCACCGGGGCCUACUCAGAAAGGGCUACGGCCUCUGCCACGGCACCGCCGGUAACGGGUACGCCUUCCUGUCCCUCUACAAGCUCACCCAGGAGAAGAAAUACCUGUACCGUGUCUGCAAGUUCGCCGAGUGGUGUUUGGCCUACGGGACCCAUGGCUGUCGCAUCCCAGACAGACCCUACUCUCUGUUUGAAGGUAUGGCAGGGGCCAUCUACUACCUAUCAGAGUUGGCAAACCCUGAAGCGUCCUGCUUUCCUGCCUUUGAACUUUGACCCAUCAGCUGACGGGAUAGGACGAGGAAAGGGUACGGGGACAAGCUGUUUCGGACAGUCUUUGCUGGAAAGCUGGACAAGGAUGUAUUUAUGAUGCAGCUUUCAACCUCGGUCAUGAGUAAGUAGUGACCGAAUGACUCUGGAAACUAAGAACUGAGAAGAGUGAAUGCAAUUAAUUGUUCGUUGGAGUAAAAUGUAUGGUUUUGUUUGUGAAAUUAAAUCCAAAAAGAUAAAUGGAAUUUAAAUUUUGGACAUAACUAUAGGUUGUAUGAUCCAGUGAAAAUCAAAGCAGCUGCUGGACUGAAGAGGACAAUGUUAAUGGUUCUUUCUCUCCCUGAAGAUUGGACACUUGCAUCCUGUGGGGACUGUCACAGGACUGGUGUCAAAACGUCCCCUGUCACGCUCCAGUGUGUUGGGACAAGGACCCCAUGUCUCUUUCUAACCCUUUACAAGUUAUUGCCAGCUGGCAUGGAACACAGAAGAACACACUCUGACCCUCAGCCUUUAAAAUCAUAGCACCCAGGCCAAGAAAAGAGGGUGUGGAGGUGUGUGUGGAGAGAACUAAAGCUGUUGUGGUAUUUUAUGCCUCUGCAUGCUCACUGUAAUUGGCUCGUGGUGCCUCAUAUCCUGUCAAUGUAGUGAUUUCCUCUUCCUGUAUUUGCGUGUGUGUGCUGUGUCACUUCUCCAGGUAUUUGUCACAUAGUGGGGGGGGGAAGUUUCUCUGUCGUCUUUCAUUUCAUAAAGAAGUCAACCAGCUUAGUGCUAGGUUUAAGUGGAGCAAACCAAUAAAUCAGCUGUUGAGUCAAACUUAAGGAGUAACUAAACCAAGCGCCCAGGAAGAGCGGCUUUGAGGUUAAGGCUUUGAAGCUAUUUUACAUAGCGGCCAAACGGUUGAAUUGUAAUUUUAGGGGUCAAAAAGAGUUUUCCACAUAGAAUUACAUUGGGAAAGAGACGUCUGUAAUUUAACACAUAAUCUUUUUUCAUAGGGACAUCAACUUCCCAGUACCAACCCUCCAAUAGCUCUUAUUUUAUGCAUUUGGUUCUAAAAGAUGUAAAAUGCACUAAGACUAAGACACGCCCAGUCGCAUCUGACUUCGGCUAACUUUCCGUUACCAGUGUAGCAAUACAGUUAAAGCAACAAAAGCCUUUUCUGUGGACUUGAAAUAAAGCCAUCAGAACAUUACCCAAUCUCGCCAGUCAGUGUCAUUGACUUAUUAUCUGGCAAGAUGCCAUCGGUCUACAUAACUUCAGUAUGUAGCCAGACUUUACCACUUUUAAUUUACCAUUUGUGACGGCUGUUACCCUUUCAAUUAGCUUAUUAGCUGCUAAUCGCUAGCAUGCUAAUUAUUGUUAUGAUUAUGGUUAGGAAAGUGCUUUAAAGGGUCUGUUCAAGUGACAAAGUAUAAACUCGUAUAAACAUUUGUGAAUUUGAAUUUACAUGCAAGGCUGCGAUGUGUGUAUGUUAGCCAUUAGCAUUAGUACAAGCUAUGUGUAUGCUAGGGAUUAGCACUAGCAAUUCAAUGGCUAAAUGAAAGGGUAACAGCUACUCUAAGAGGGGGUUGGUUUGUUAGUGAUGAACGCUAGCUCCAUACAGGUCACCUCGCUCCAGAUCAGUUAUUGACAAGUGUAAUUGCAAUAGCUGGGAAGUUAUGCAUAUUUUUAACACAAUAUGUUGACUUCAAAUACUUGAGUUGGCACUAAGAUGUCAAAAUGAUGACCUUAUUCCAGCAGCAACACUAACAAUACCAUAUACAUUUGUUUUCAGCUGAAUAAAAGUGUUUUUGGGGUUUAGUUACUCUUUAAUUGACCCUAAAUAAGUCCUGCCCCUUGAAGACUCUCAUAGAUGCAUUCAGAUGUUCUUCAUGUUCAGACUGGUUUUGUGGAUUUGGAGCUCGUCAUGGUUAAACGUUGUGUAAUGGUGAUAUUCGUUAUCUGGAGAGGUUGGAAGGAGAUAUACAUUUCUAUGUAAAACCCUGGGGAGCUAAAAUUAGCAGAAUAGGUCUGCCUAGCGUUAGCACAUUUGCUACGCGAGCUACUGAAGGUAUACUGAUUGUAUACACAUGCUGCUUUUGCUUUUUAUUGAUUGUACCAGUGAAUAAAGACUUACCCAGCUUUA